UUCUUUAAAAGCAGGCGUUCGGUGUUUUAAAUAUUUUUUUUAUUUAGUUAAACAACGUUAGUGUGAUAAUUAAACUUUUAAAAAUAUGAAAUAAACUAACUUGCAGACUCUGAAAUCAAAACCUAGUUACCAGUUUAUAAAAUAUGGAAUAUGCUAACAAAGCAAUUACUGCCGUUGGCCGUUUAUGGAGAACUAAUAUGUAAGCAAUUAUAAGAGUUUUGAGUCAUUCAAAAUAAUAUAAGCUCUGCCAAAUUUGUUAUCCAUUGAUACUAAGAAUGUACUAUUAAAAGAUAUUUACAUAGAUAAGUUAUUACAUAAUUUAUAAUGAGACUACCAAAAUUUUUUAAUCCACGGGUCCAAAAACGGAUAUUAAUGAGGUUUGGAGUUUAUGAAAAAGUUGUGCCUGUAGAAACAUCACCAAGUAGAAUAGUACCUGCCAGUAUUAUAAGACCUGAUUAUGUAUUAAAAACUACAGAAUAUGUACCAAAAUUAGCUGAAAUAAAAGAUGAUACCCAAAUAAGUGGUAUGAGGAAUAGUUGCAAAUUAGCAGCCUCAAUUUUAAAUCAACUACAUGCAUACAUCAAACCAGGUGUGACAACAGAUGAUAUUGAUGAGUUAGUUCAUAGUUUAACUAUUAAAGCUGGUGCUUAUCCAUCACCGUUACAUUAUAAAGGCUUCCCGAAGAGUGUCUGCACAUCUGUUAACAAUGUGGCUGUCCAUGGCAUCCCUGAUUUGAGACCAUUACAAGAUGGUGACAUCAUUAAUGUAGAUAUAACAGUAUUUUUCAAGCAAUAUCAUGGAGAUUGUUCAAAAACAUUUCUUAUUGGAAAUGUUGAUGAUAAAGGACAACACCUUGUUCAUAUCACAGAGGAAUGUCUAGAUAUUGGAAUUAAAUGUUGUGGUCCUGAUGUACCUUUUUGUAAUAUUGGUGCUGUUAUAAACAGGCAUGCGAAAAGAAAUGGUCUUACUGUGUUACCUGCAUUUCUAGGCCAUGGAAUUGGACAAUAUUUUCAUGGUCCUCCUGAGAUAUACCAUACUUUGAACAGAUAUCCCGGUCUGAUGAAGCCAGGUAUGACAUUCACAAUAGAGCCAGUUCUAUCACAUGGAAGUGAGCACACCGUCAUACUUGAAGAUGGGUGGACAGUGGUGACUGAGGACGGUGCACGGACUGCACAAGUUGAACAUACUGUUUUAAUCACUGAUGAUGGUGCUGAGAUUUUAACUAAGUAAAUGUUAGUUUUAUUGCAAUAAAGUUAUAUAUUAAAAACGUUC